UUUCUUUCUUUUUUUAAGUUACAGAUUUAUUAUUAUUUUAAGAUAGGGAAGAGUUUAUAUUUAUACAUUCUAAGUUUAGACUUAAGAGAACUAUUCUUUAGCUUCCUUUCUACUUUAAGAACUUUUGAAAUUUGGAGAGUUUCAAAAGCUAAACAUAUAACACAAGUUUCUUGCUCUAAAUUUUGGCACCUUCUUUUAUUUGAUCAUCUGUUUUUACAUUCUUUCUUUUUCAUUUAUUCUUUGACAGUAUGGUGAUGGAUAGAGAAGAAAGGAGAAGAAGAAUCAUGGAAAGAGGAUCGGAUCGUCUAGCUCUAAUCACAGGCCAGUUACAUAAUGUUGAUCCUUCGUCGCCAUCGUUUUCUUCCUCAUCGUCAACUUCUCACCAACGUACAUACAGCGAAUCUUUCAUGCCACAAACUCAAUCUGAGCAUCGUCAGAUUCAAGAAAGCCCGUCUCUUAAGUAUCAAUUCAAAGAGGAAGUAAAGCCACGAGAAGAACCAAAACUCUCGACCACUCAUCAAAGACCAAUUAAAAGAGAACCAACAAAACCAGAAGAAACAAGAUCGGUAAAGACUCAAAUUCAACAACCUAGGAGUUUCUUCAGCUCCAAGAAACUCAAUGCUAGCAUCAUAAGCUCAGAAAGAAGUCGGAGUUUAAGCUCCCUCACAAUAGCUGUAUUUGUGAUUUUACUCCCGCGAUUGAACAUCUUAAGAUCAGGCACUAUCUUAGCUUUGAGACCUCUUUGGUUACUUCUACUUACAGAUUGUGCUAUAGUAAUGUCUCAUCUCACCAUGGAAACUUCUGGAGGAGGACUGAGUCAUGAAACGGAAGAAGAAGUUAAGAGUAAAGAUGGUAGUAAUGGUGAAAAUUGGUCUGAUGCAGAGAAGCUUCUAGAAAGAGGAGUUGUUUUGUACCAAGCUCUACGUGGAAUGUUCAUAGAUUGUAGUCUUUAUAUGGUGGUUGUUAUUUGUGGAGCCUUUCUACUUUGAGUUCUAAUUUUCAGUUUUCUUUUGUUUGUUAUUUGAUUAAGAUUAUUUAUAUUUCCUUCUCUUAGUUUAUUGGUAGAUUACUUCUAGUUUAAUUCAUUUGAGUACUUUCCAGAAAUGAUCUAAUUACAAAGGUAUACUGCAUUCUUAUUCGUUAAUAUUUCUUUCCUUAUUUUUUAAUAAUUCUACUAGAAAGUAAGAAUUCCAAAAGAAUAAAAUAGUGUUUUGUUUCAGGUGUUCAAAGUAGGCCAAAAACUUUUAAAAUCACAUCCAAACAAAGAAAGAAAAAGCUAGCUGCUCUAUUUAACCUUGAGAUAAGGCUUAAAACAUCAUUUCUAAACCACACAAAACUAUAAAAUCUUGAUACUAUAUAUGCCGAGAUAUAACUAAAACCAGCCUCAAAAAUUAUUGAUUUUUUCUAUAAAAUUAAUAUUUACACAUAAUUUAUUUAAAUACUUAAAUAAUAUUAAUUAUGUCAAUGAUUUAAAUUACGCUGUAAAGUUUUAAAUAUGAACAAAUAAAUAAAAUAGUAAUAUAUUAAUGAUUAUUUCAAACCUCAGAUUUUAGAAACUUAAGUGAAAGUGAAUGUUUUUUUCCAAAAAAGGAACUAAAGUGAAUGUUUAGGGGGUGUCUUUAAAGAGAUUUAAUUUUUAAUAUAAUUUUAAAUAAUUUUAUAUAAAUUAGAAAAUUUAAUCUAAUUUUUGUUAGACCAUUCAAAAUUUUCGUCUAAAACCAUACAAGAUAAAAAAAAAUAUUUGCUUUUAACAAAGAAAUUUCAUCCAACCAUUCUAAAAUCACUUAAAAAUUAAAAUCCACAACUUAAAAUAUUUGGGAAAAUCGCAUAAAAAACCUUGAAAGUGUCACUUACUAGCACUUUAAACCUUGAAGUUUUUUCGCUAGCACUUUUAACCUUCAAAGUGACAUUUUUAUCAUAAAAAAACUCCAAACAAGAAAAAUGACCGGUU